AUGUCUGGCCAGCAGUGUCUCCGCCGUCUGCCUGCCGCCAUGCGCUCUGUCCCGGCCAUGCGCGCGGGCGUCCGGGCUGUAAACAGGACACCGGCACAGCGCAGCUACUCGGCCGUCUCCAAGGCCUCGUCUUCUGGGCUGUUGAGCCAGGCCUCGAGACGACCUGGACAGCUCCCGUCGCAACGCCUGUGGAGCCUCGAGCAGACACGCAGCUAUGCCGAUACCAUCGUCAAGGUGCCGCAGAUGGCCGAGUCCAUCACAGAAGGCACGCUGAAGCAGUGGUCAAAACAGGUCGGCGACUACGUUGAGCAGGACGAGGAGAUUGCCACCAUCGAGACAGACAAGAUCGACGUCUCCGUCAACGCGCCCGAGGCUGGUACCAUCAAGGAGUUUCUGGUCAACGAGGAGGACACCGUCACAGUCGGACAGGAGCUCGUGAGGCUCGAGGCUGGCGGCGCAUCAUCUGGCGGAUCGAAGGAUGCCAAGGACGAGGUCAAGGAGUCUGCGUCCUCGGAACAGGAGACUUCGUCGCAACCCUCAGGCGAGCAGGAGCAGGCCAAGCCCAAGGAGGAAUCCAAACCUGAGCCACCCAAGGAGGAGUCCAAGCCCGCACCCCCCAAGCAAGAGUCCAAGCCUGCGCCACCGAAGAAGGAGUCCAAGCCUGCGCCGCCAAAGGAGGAGCCCAAGCAGUCUCAACCCGGCAACCGUGAUGAGCGUCGCGUCAAGAUGAACCGCAUGCGUCUCCGCAUCUCCGAGCGUCUCAAGCAGUCCCAGAACACAGCCGCGGCCCUUACCACCUUCAACGAGGUCGACAUGUCCUCCAUCAUGGAGUUCCGCAAGCUCUACAAGGACGAGAUCCUCAAGAAGACGGGCGUCAAGCUCGGCUUCAUGUCCGCCUUCUCGCGCGCCUGUGUCCUCGCCAUGCGCGACAUCCCCGCUGUCAACGCGUCCAUCGAGGGCCCCAACGGCGGCGACACUAUCGUGUACCGCGACUACGUCGACAUUUCCGUUGCCGUCGCCACGGAGAAGGGUCUCGUCACCCCUGUUGUCAGGAACACCGAGAACCUGGAUUUGGUUGGCAUUGAGAAGGCUAUUGCAGAGCUCGGCAAGAAGGCUCGCGACAGCAAGCUCACCAUCGAGGACAUGGCUGGUGGUACUUUCACUAUCUCCAACGGCGGUGUGUUUGGUAGCUUGAUGGGCACGCCCAUUAUCAACUUGCCUCAGACGGCUGUCUUGGGUCUGCACGCCAUCAAGGACAAGCCUGUUGCCAUUAACGGAAAGGUCGAGAUCAGGCCGAUGAUGUACCUCGCGCUCACAUACGAUCACCGACUUCUCGACGGUAGGGAGGCCGUCACCUUCCUCGUCAAGAUCAAAGAGUUCAUCGAGGACCCCAGGAAGAUGCUGCUCGGAUAA